GUGCCAUGUGGAAAAGGGAGGGGGUGACUCUGCCCUCCAUUCACAGGUGCACCCAAUUUAAUCAGGAAAAUGAACAGUUGCGCAAGAACCUGAGGCACAUAUACCUAAAAAACAAGCAGUUGGAAUAUGAGUUGGCACAGAUGCAAGAGCAGCUGCAUGCACAAAAUCAGUUCACGCCUAUUUGCGUUACAAAGAGAAAUGUUCAAAUUCAAACAGAAAUCCAUUCAUUGGACACAGUUCAUGCCAGGCAUCGUGAAGUAGCAAAGGAAAAUUCAAGAUUGCGUCAGUUGUACAAUAAUCUCCUGAGGAAGCAUAAUAAAGAAAUAAAAGCAAAUCAAGAACACAGUGAAACAAUUGCAGUACUUUCUGUUAAAGUGAAUGAGGUGCAACAUCAACUUCAGUUGGCAAGGCAAAAGAUUAGGGUGUUAGAAAGCAAAAAGGUUUCACAAAAGGGCAAAACUGUUCCAGGCGAUUCUUCAGCUCGGAGAAGAAUGUCAUCUCACAAAUGUAUUUGCAAAAAGAAGGGGGGUUGUUCCUGCAGAUAUUUAGACCAGUUGCUUUUGGAGAUCCAGCAUUUGAAGAAGGAAAAUGAAAAGCUGUCUGGAGAGAGAAGAAUGCUGAGAAAUGAACUUGCUGCAUUAGACAAGGAUUUUUUCGAUGAAAUAAAAGAUUUAAAAUAUAAUCUUCGAGAAUCCUUAAAACUGAACAAUCACUAUGAGAAGUGCUUGAAACUAUGUUCAACAUAUGGAAUAAAUUUUGCACCAGUUUUUUCCAAGUAG